UUCGAGAACGUUGUCUCUUAUUUUACACUUGAAGAAAUACUACCUCCAGGCCUUCUUGAUUAAAAGUGCAUCGAUCGAGUUAACUCUUCUAAUGGCUUCUACAGAUAAACGGGUUCUGAACUUUUCUGCUGGUCCUGCUAAACUUCCCGAAGACGUUUUGGGUCAAGCUCAAAAGGAAUUGCUCAAUUAUGACAACCUUGGAAUUAGUGUCAUGGAAAUGAGUCACCGAUCUGCGAACUUUGCAAAGAUUGUCAAUGAAGCUGAGAGUGAUCUCAGAGAACUUCUUAAUAUACCAGACAACUACAAAGUCCUUUUUCUUCAAGGAGGUGGCACCGGGCAGUUUUCUGCAGUUCCUCUUAAUUUAGCCAAAGAAGGAGCAUCUGCUGAUUAUAUUGUUACUGGGGCUUGGUCAGCUAAAGCUGCAAAAGAAGCAGAGAAAUAUGUCAAAGUGAACCCAGUUUUCAAGAAGUUGGACAAAUAUGACAGAAUCCCCGCACAGGAAGAAUGGAAUUUAAAUCCAAAUGCAUCAUAUGUCUAUUACUGUGCUAAUGAAACAAUUCAUGGAGUGGAAUUUGACUUUGUCCCAGAGACAAAUGGGGUACCACUUGUAUGUGACAUGUCGUCAAACAUCUUGUCAAGACCUGUUGACAUCAGUAAGUUUGGACUCAUCUAUGGUGGAGCUCAAAAGAACAUUGGUUGUGCAGGAGUUACUGUUGUCAUAGUGAGAGAAGACUUGAUUGGUUCUGCAAGGCAACAAUGCCCAGUUGUUUUUGAUUACAAGAUCCAAGCUGGUAUGAACUCAUUGUACAACACACCUCCAACAUACAGUAUUUAUAUCAUGGGACUGGUUUUCAAGUGGCUUAAGAGAAUUGGUGGAAUUCAAGAGAUCAACAGAAUAAAUCAAAUGAAAUCAGAUCUUGUGUAUGAGCUUAUUGAUGCAUCAAAUGGUUUCUAUUGGCAUAAGGGUAUCCAUGUACAAUGCUGUAAAACUUGAUGAUGUAAAAACACUUGUGGACUUCAUGACCGACUUCAGACAACGAUAUGAAAAGCAAUAAUACUUUAAAUCAAGUUUUCAACCUUACCCAGUGAUGCGUCACUAAAUACUACAAGCAGCUCUGAAGACUUGCGAACUCUGAAACUAUAAUGAAUCUUAAAGUAUUGGGAAGUAUACACAAAUUUAUUCUGAACCUGAAAUCUAAGACCUUUUGAAAAUUUGUGGUGUUGACCCACUGGUUACAUCUUGAAAUGGGAACUCGCUGUUGGGUUUGAUUCAAUGGCUGAUUUCUCAAGCAGACUGGUUUGACCUCAAGUAGGCCAAAACGUGUAAAACUGCUCUUGAAGUGUGGCAAUGCCUCAUUGAUUCUUUCACAUUGCUAGAAGAGUUUCCAUGACUCCAUGUUGUUUGGAAAAUACAGACUUUUGUCCUCGAUAAGACUGUCUCAAGGAGGUGUAAUUUUGGCUAUGCCUGAAGUUGAAAUAACAUAACGUUCUCAGUGGAAAGAAAGCGAGUAUUUCUGGAUAAUUCUGAUGGAAUGUGACAUUAUUUUUACAUAAAAGUAAUUUAAUGACUUGGCCCACAUGCAUGGAUGCAGUUGAAUAUGCAAGAACUGUUACAGUAGGGAGUGAAUUGAAUAAAGGUUUGAAGGGGAGGGUUUAAAAGG